GGGCACCAUGUACGGACCCGGGCACCACCGCUACAGGUGGAGGGACGUCCCCGCAGCGGCUCUAGUGACAGGCCUGUCCCCGCCUCCCCCGCCGCCGCUCGCCCUGCUGGUGACCCCGCCGCCCCGCUGCAUUGUGGGAUGGGGGAUCAAAGGAGGCGGCCCGGGAUCUGAUGGCGGCUGAUCCCGUCCAGUUGAACUGGAGGCAUGUGACCUCCUUUACCGGCCCGGUCCCCAGCUCCAGGCACGGACACCGCGCGGUGGUCAUACGGGAGCUCAUCAUCAUCUUUGGGGGAGGGAACGAGGGCAUAGCGGAGGAGCUGCACGUCUACAACACAGCUACAAAUCAAUGGUUCCUCCCGGCUGUGAGAGGCGAUAUCCCUCCAGGUUGUGCUGCUCAUGGCUUCGUGUGCGACGGGACAAGGAUCCUGGUUUUCGGAGGAAUGGUGGAAUAUGGGCGAUACAGCAAUGACUUGUAUGAGUUGCAGGCAAGUCGUUGGCUAUGGAAGAAGUUGAAGCCUCAUUCUUUACCCAGUGGCUCCUUGCCAUGUCCUCGUCUUGGGCACAGUUUUUCUCUCCAUGGCAAUAAGUGUUAUUUGUUUGGUGGCCUUGCCAAUGAGAGUGAAGACAACAAUAACAAUAUUCCCAGGUACCUGAAUGACUUUUAUGAAUUAGAGUUACGACAAGGAAGCGGAGUUGUGGGCUGGAAUUUACCACAGACCAAAGGUGCCCCUCCGACCCCACGGGAGUCCCAUUCCACAGUGAUAUACAGCAAGAAGGAUUGUGGGAAAUCAAAGCUAUAUAUUUUUGGAGGAAUGUCCAAAUGUCGACUCAAUGAUCUUUGGGAACUAGAUAUUGAAUCCAUGACUUGGAGCAGUCCAGAGGCCAAAGGGACAUUCCCUUUACCUCGAAGUCUUCAUACUGCCAAUGUAAUAGGAAACAGAAUGUAUGUUUUUGGUGGCUGGGUCCCACAGACGUUACAAGGUGAUGGCUCUCCCUCUAAAGCAAGCCAAUGGAAGUGCACCAAUUCUUUUUCCUUUUUGGACCUGGACUCCAUGGAAUGGACAACUUUAAUGCCAGAGUCCUCAGUAGAUAGAAAGGAUUGGCCAUGGCCCAGAGCAGGACACUGUGCAGUCACAAUUGGGAAACGUUUAUACAUCUGGAGUGGAAGGGAUGGCUACAAAAAGGCAUGGAAUUGUCAAGUUUGUUGCAAAGACCUUUGGUACAUAGACACAGAAAAGCCUCCCCCACCUUCCCAGGUGCAGCUGGUUUUGGCCACCACAAAUUCUUUUCAUGUGAAAUGGAAUGAGCUUCCCACGGUUGAAGGAUAUCUUCUGCAGCUAAGUCCAGAAUCGCCAGCUUCUACUUGUGCGGGAAAGCCUGCCCCCCUCAGCGAAAUUUCAGCGCUGAGUUCUAGCAUCUCGUCCACAGCACGUGCUGGUCCACUGCAUUCACAAAGCGGGCUCGUGUGCCCUCAGCGGCUUGACGAAAGUGUGGACAGCCCAGCAUCUCCUGAGGUAGACAUUUGCCAUCAAAACAGCAGCGGACCAACCAGUCAGGUAUCCACGUCAAUGUGUGUGCAGCAUAGUGCUUCAGAUCAUGACGUUGUGGACAUGAAGGUAUCCCUGACUGAGAAAGCUUCCACUGGAAAUACGGAGUUAAAUGGCAAAUUGAAAGCCUCAACUAGAUCAAAAUCAUCAGGUCUUCAUACAUCAUCUAAAUUGAAUGAUGUGCAUGACUUGGACAUAGGAAUUUUAACACCUGAGGUUUCUGCAUCCUGCAUUGUCUCCAGUGCACAAUCUAUGGUAACCCAGCAGAGCAUUAAAACAGAGUCAUCACGUACAAAUGGGGCACUUGUUAGAGAUGAACCUUCACUAACUACACUCAGUACACACUCCGAAGCUGCAUUUUCUUCCAGUGAACAGUGCAUGUCCCAGACAAAGAGCACCUCAACGAACGGUCAAGUUGGAGAACAGAGGGCACUGAAGAAUGGGUGGAGGCAGUGGUAUGAUGUCGGAAUCUUCCAAAGCAAUAGUGCUGUGGUCACGCACUUCUUUUUAUUUCCAGACAGUAAUGAGAGUUCAGAUAACAAGGCUGCAGAUAUAGACCUCUCUGACUACGCUAUGUUAAAGAAACAUGACCUGUGUCCCGGAAGUGUGUACCGGUUUAGAGUUGCUGCAAUAAACGGACAUGGAAUUGGUCCUUUCAGUAAAAUCAAUCAGUUUAAGACUUGUAUUCCUGGAUUUCCUGGGGCUCCAUCAUCAGUAAAAGUUACAAAGAGUACAGACUGUGUUCAUAUUUCCUGGGAAUCCCCUUCUUCGCCAACAGGAAAUAUAUUAGAAUAUUCUGCCUAUCUAGCCAUCCGCACUUCCCUCCCUGAGGCUCAGAACCAGCUGGCAUUUGUAAAGAUUUACAGUGGCUUGGAGACAUCAUGCACUGUAACCACUUCCCAGCUUGCAAAUGCUCAUGUCGACUGCAGUUCCCGGCCUGCGGUGGUAUUCAGGAUUUCUGCCAAGAAUGAAAAGGGUUAUGGACCAGCAAUCCAAGUUAGAUGGCUGCAAGAGAAAACAUGAGGCGUGAAGUGGAAGACCCUAAAAGAGAUGCAGUUGUGGUCUGUCUACCAUUUUGCUGACAAGAACCCUUUGAAGAGUAAUAGAGCUGUAUGGUUCACUUUUUUGUAAAAUUUUGUAAAUCUCAAAAUGUUUAUUUUUUCAUUCUGCUUCUAAUUGUAUAGAUAUUCAUAUGAUCUAAAUAUAUGACGACAGUAUAUACUUUUCAUGUUAUAUUAUAAAUGUUAGUGAUAUGUACUCAGGUGGGACUAUGUGGCCCAGUUUUCAAUAAUUGAAAACUGACUAUUUGCUUCCAUUUUUUUUUUUUUUUUACCACUUACAUAUAUUUGUAUCUAGUUUUAAGCAAUACAAUGGUGCAAAGGGAUGGGAGGGACCUUAUAGUGCAAUACAAGUAGGCACAUAGCACUUCCCCCAAUUCUUGGGGUAUCCUGCCAGUUUUCCAUGAAUGAAUAACUCGGGAGUAACAAGGUGUUACAUCAGAAGUCUUUAUCUUUUCAUUUGAACUAUAUAUGUUUACAUUAGAUUGUGUAUGUGUAUUGCACUUUUAAAAUGAAUAUCUAGAUAUAUAUACAUAUAUAUAUUUUGGUAAAACAUGUAAUAUGAGCAAAAAUGGCUUAAGGUUUAUACUGCAGCUAUCUAGUCAUCUGUCAGCUUUUUGAGAUGCUUAUAAAUGUAUAAUAUAGAUCUAUGGGAUAAUAAACAUUCCAUUUUAAGCUGCAGCCGAAUAUAUUUGAGAAUCACUUUCCCAAUAUAAUAGUAUUUAUGGAAACUCUUCCAUUGGCUACUGGGACAAUUCCUGUAUACGGAGAGGAGGCCUGACAUAAGCAGCAGCCUUUUGUCUCUAUGGAUUUAAAGGGGAUUUUUGGUGUGUAAAAUCUUCCUAUAUUAGCUCAGCUUGGGCUACUUCACUUAUAUUCAGCAAAAUAGUCUGUGCUUGUACUGUAUGGGUGUGACACAUCUAUUGUCAGCUGUAGCUCCAGAAUGAAGAAGAGACUUAGAUCCCUUGAAGAACUUGUUUCAUGUCUGCUAUUGUUGGGAACCUCCGGGGUAAUACGGUGUCUUAUAAAAGAAUUAAAAGCCAACACCCGGGGGGCAAUAGACUGGGGUCAAAGUUUAAAGGGGUAGUCCAGUGGUGAAAAACUUAUCCCCUAUCCUAAGGAUAGGGGAUAAGUUUGAGAUCGCGGGGGGGGUCUGACCGCUGGGGCCCCCUGCGAUCUCUCUGUACGGGGGCCAGGCUCUCCGGCCAGAUAGCGGGUGUCGACCCCCGCACGAAGCGGGGCUGACAUGCCCCCUCAAUACAUCUCUAUGGCAGAGCCGUAGAUUGCCGAAGGCAGCACUUCGGCUCUGCCAUAGAGUUGUAUUGAGGGGGCGUGUCGGCUGCCGCUUCGUGCGGAGGUCGACACGCCCCCUUCCUGCGGGCUGUCGGGGCUCCGUACAGGAGAUCGCAGGGGGCCCCAGGUAAGUUGUUCACCACUGGGUCACCACUGGACUACUCCUUUAAAACAAAAUUGCCUCUGUAGCCUCCUGAUGACACACAUUUUUUGUGAAACAUGUUGAGGUGGCAAGGGAAUUGUUUUAAAUUGGUGUUACCCUGUGUGUAUUUAGCAGAGCACUGCAGACUCUACUGGUCUGAGACAGAGUGUUUAUAAAUCUGAAGGUGAUUCCCUCUUAUAUUAUCAUUCUUGAUACACACUGGGACACUGGCUUUUUAACUUUUGUGUUGAUCAUUAAGAGAUUAUAUAUAUAUAAUUAUAAUUUUCUCCCCUAAAUGAUGUCAUAAAAGUAACUUUUUAGGUGUGGGUCAAAUUGAAUGGGGGCUUUUGACCUCGGGGUGUUGGUGUUUAGUUGGUAUUGUAUUUAGGGGUGUUGUAUUCAUACCUCUAAAUACAGUACGCUAAAAUUUUAAAAAUCAAAAUGUUAUUUUUGGAAUUGAUCAGUGAAACUCUAAAGAAGCACAUAUUCUGUGAAGAACUUUGGUUACUAGAACACUGAUUCUGAAUAUGUUUGGAUCAGCAUAAUAGAAUAAGAUGAGAAAUAGAUUCAGAACAAGCAGAUCAUGGAGACUCAUUGAUGUAUGAGAAUAGGAAAUCACCAUUCAACGGUCUUUUUUUUUUUUUUUUUUUUACUUCAGAUGGUUGGAUACAUAUCUAUCGAAAUGAUGCGCAUGAUUUUUUUUAACUACUGCACCUGACAACCACCAAAACAACCUAAGACAUCAGAUUAUAUCUUCUAUUGAUAUCUACCAUUGGUUGGUAUCUAUCACAUUUGUUUAUGUCACACAAAAAGCCAUCAGUCUAAAAUCUGUAGUGUAUGGCCAGUUUAAAGCAAUGUGUUAUCAGUUUCAUACUGCCUGAACUACUACAAGUUCCCUUAUUUAAAGUAAUCUAUGAUCCACUCUGAAAUGCUGCAGCGUUUCCGUCAAAGUCAUAUUUUAAACCCUCUUCUGUGGUUCAGGCAGCAUGGAACUGGUUCCCAUUUAUACGGAUUAGCCUUCUGGAAAGGGCAUGUCAUGUAUCUUUUACAAUCUAGCCUUUUUCAUUUGUGAUAUGGAGCGUACACCUACAGGUUGUUUGGAAAAGGGCAGAAGGUCAUGUAUAAUCUAUGUCUAUUACCAUCACUUCCAUCUGGUCUGUGUUGGGCGGUAGAACACAUCCUAAAACUGGACCUAAAUUUUGACUGCAAUACACACCAGUGUAUGUACUUGUCAUGGAUUUAUUUUGGAAGGUAUGGCUGGGUUACCAUCACAAUCCAUCACAUGUUAAUCGUCGGGAAAUAUGACAAGAUCCCUGUAUCGUUAGAAAAGUGUUACGGGAAACCCAUGAAAUUUGUAUAGCUGCGACUUUUCCGUCCCCUAUAUGUAAACCUUGAUUUUUGCAUUUGUAGGUUGUUGUAAUGGAAGAGUAAAACACAAUGGAUUUGUAGCCAUCCCAGUGCAGGUCCCACUCUGCUGUAUACAGCUGGUUGCUUAUUGAUGCCAUAGAUGUGUGAGGGUGAUGCAAUAAAAAUGGAUGAGCGUAGAUUUACACCGAGUUUUCAGUAACCGUUAAAGGGGUACUCCGCCCCUAGACGGAUAGGGGAUAAGAUGUCAGAUCGCUAUGGUCCCGCUGCUGGGGAGCCCGGGGAUCCCCGCUGCGGCACCUUGCUAUCAU